AUGCCACGAAAAAAUACUAUGCGUGAUAAUGUCAAUGCUGUACGAUCUCGAUUAACUCAUUUAUCUGAUCUUUCACGUGAAAAAAUUGAAUUAGCUCUACUUUAUUAUGAAUCAAAUGUCGAUGAAACUGUCAAAGCAUUUGAAACAAAUGGAGCAAACGAGGCUCUCAAUGGUUGGACUGAUAUGAAUAACGGUCGAGGAUAUACAUCAGGAAAACGAAUGAAUAAUAAAACGAAUCGACCAUUAACAUUAAAUACAACUUCAUCAUCCAAUGGUAUUCUACGACCAUCACAACGUGUAUCAAAUAUAUUUCAAACGUUUGCUGAAGGUGGUACACCAACAAAGACAACGAAUGGAAUUGUAUCGAUGUCUAAUACAACACCAACGACAACAACAACUUGUUCACCAUCAUCGAUAGUGUCAACUCCGUUUACUGAACAAUCUGAUAGUGAUCUUCAAUCAAAUUCAUGUCUCAAUUUAGAUUCAACAACCAAGAAUGAUGAUACAAUUGAACAACAAAAACCAACUAAAUCACAACGUCGAAAAAGUAUAAAAAAUCGUAAUAGUUCAACUUCAUCAAAUGUACAAACUCAUGAAUCUUCUAAUAAUCAACAAACAACAACAUUUACUAAUAAUAAAAAACUUUUAACAAAAUCAGCAAAAGAUCUUCAACGACAAACAUCAACUCUAUCAAAUGUGGAAUUAUUAUUUAAUAAUGAAAUAAAAUCAUCAUUAAAACGUAUCGAUGAUGUCUUUAAACAAAUUUAUGAAGCAAUCAAAGAUCGUGAAGUUCAACUUUAUUUAGAAAUGGAUAAAGUCAAAGAACAAGGUUUAAAUGUUAUACAUCGUCGACAACAACGUGCUGUUGAAUUACGUCAACGUAUGGAUCGUUGUGAUCGUCUUGAACCAUUAGAACUUGAUAAUCUUCGUCAUGAUAUUAAACAAUUUGUUACUGAUCGUCGUUAUGAUUUAGGAGAAGAAUUAACAUCAUUACAUCGUUUUGAAUAUGAUCAAAGUUUAGUAGAAUCAUUAAAAGAUUUUGGAACAAUUUUUAAAAUUGAACGUAAACAUUCAGUAGCAACAUCAUCUCCAUUAUCGGAUGCAACUUUGGAAAAAUUCUUAGCGAAUAUAUCAGAUGAAAAACCUUCUCCAACUAAUGAAUUUCUUCCGACUAAUGAUCAACAACCAUUACCACAACGAAUUCAGAAGAAUAAUAGAAAACAAUCGAAUGAUGAAGUUUUUCAUAAUCCUACAAAUGGAAAUGAUACCGGUGAUAAUCAUUCUUCAUCACAAACGAAUGAACAUUUGCGAUAUAAUGAUGAUGAUCAGAAUGGUAAUCGUCGUCGAUCUCAACAAAAUUUUCCACGUUCACGUCCAUUAUUUUAUCAUCAGAAUGGUUAUAAUCGUCGUAAUAUGCCAAAACAGAUAAAUACUCGUAGUAAUAUGUACAAUAACAGUGAAACAAAUAAUACUUAUCAUCGUCCUCAAUCAAUUGUUCCAGUACAAACUUAA